UUUGACUUUCAAUGCUAAAGUAAACAAGCCAGAACAAGCUCAUUGUUAUUUAUUUUCAUCUCAUUAUUUUUCUUUUAGUUGGUUGACUGUUAUAAAUUCUGUAAGUAACUUAAAUAUGGAGAUGCAAUUAAAUUCACAAAUCGAAGCGAUGAAGUUGGAAUUAAAAGAUAAGGAAAAACAAUUGAAACUUUCCGGUGAAGUCGUGAACGAGAUGGUGCAAAGAAACAACGACCUUAAUCAUGAGCUAGAACGACUGCAGGAGUCGCAUUUGCAAGAGAUAGAGAUUUUACGUCAAGAAAACUACAGUCUUCAACUGAAGUUUGAUCAAGAAAAGCUGGUUCAGCAAAGCUUUGCUAAUGAAAUUGAGCUAACCAAGGAGAAAGUAGAACAAAAUGUGAAACAGGAGUUAGCUCGCCAGGAAAAUAUUAAUAACAGGAAGAUGAGCGAGCUUCGUGCAGAAAUUGAAUCUUUACACUCUGAACUCGAGAAAGAUGCGCUGGUUAAUGAGCAGCUAAGGGCAAAAAUUGCUAAACAAGAAGAAUUGCUAGCUGAAGCUCAUAGAUAUUCCAAGAAAUUGAAGGAAUUGAGCUCAUUGGAGUCACAACUAGAAGGCGUCAAGGAAGAAUGUUCUAUGAAAAAAUUCGAAAAUGACGAGUUGAAGAUUGUUUUGGAUGACAUAAACGCUGAGAAAGAACAAGUUAUUUUUGACAGGCAAUGUUUGAAGGAAAAUGUUGCUAAUUUAAAAAAGGAUUUAGAGGAAACCUGUAGUCAAGGAAAGAUAUGGUUUGAUUCCCUGCAGGAAUGUCGUCAACAUUUGUCUGAACUUCAAGUAGAAAAUUCCAUUCUAAAAGCUGAAGCUAUGAAUCGUUCGCAUAAAGAAAAGGGAAAUUCCUUAUUUGGUGAAGUUGAAGACAAGAGGAUAGAAAUGGAACAAAAGCAUAAUGUUCUAAGUGAAAAGUAUAAAUCCUUGUCAACUACUUACCAAAUUACUAAAAAGCAACUCAUUGAAAUGAAGACUCGAAUUCUACCAAUGUUAGCAAUGGCUGGCAAUCAAGCUGACAGCUCUCAAAUAAAAAGACUCGAAGUUGCUCUUCUUCAAAGCAAAAACGAGAUUCAAAAUCUUCAUGUUAAAAUUGAGGAAUUAAAAAAAGAAAAGAAUGGAUUGGGAAUGAACUCAAGGCUUCAAAGAUUUCAUGAUGUCUUUAGUGACUUUAAAGAAAAAAAAGAUUAUGUCAUUUAUCUUCAAGAAGAAACUAGAAGUUUAGAUGAGGUAAUUGAAAAUUUAAAGUCCAAGAAUUCAGUUUUAAUGAUGAAGCUAACCGGAGAGACUGACAAAAGACGUCAGGUGGAGUCACAACUCCAUUCAGUCGAAGUUGAAAUGGAAAAGUUUAAGUUGGAGUGUGUACGAUUACAGAUAAAGAACAAUGAAUAUAGCAUGAAAUUAAAACAACUCAAAGAAGUUGGUAAUCAAGAAAAAUCACCUGAGAUUACUCCUCUAAAAAGUGAAAAUGUGAAACCAUCGCUGUGGAAAGACAAAAAUCUGUUUGCAAAGCUUGAUGAUUCAAAGAAAAAAAGAGAGUUUCCACAAGAAGGUAAGAUUUUACAACCUAUAAACGCAUCAGCUGUGGUGGAGGGCAAACAGCAAAGUGCAGCCAUAACAGAAUCAAGCAAGUUUUGCCAUGACGACAGGAAUCAUUCUGUAUUGAUGACGAAGUCGGACAGCAGUUUAAACUUUAAGUUUGAAAAAGUUGUCACCACGGAAAACGACAAUAAUGUACCUUCUGAAAUGAACGCUUGUAAACCUGCCGAUAGAAAAGAGAAUAUACAAACUGAAGAGCCUAGUGGCAAUGUCUUGAAAGAAUUGGAAACUGUACAAAAUGAGGUUCUAAAAACUGUUAAACCGAAGCGCGUUAUUCAUGUAAAGAAAAAUGCUUCUAAGAACGAGUGUCAACAGCAAUAAAUACUUUAUUCUUUUGCUUAAUUCAAGGAUUGUGGUGUACUUCUUCACUUUGUGUUAUAUCAGACAUUUAAAUAAUGUGAUAUCAUAUGUCAUUUACUGUUCAUCACGAAUAAAGGUUUUUUCCUUAUUCAA